AUGUCACAUAGGGGAUUCUCAUUGGAUAUUGUUCUGGCAGUUUACAACAACGUGCGAUGUGGAAACACAUUCAUGACAAGAAGGAUUUUCGGUGCAAGUAACAUUACCAAGUUGUUGAAUGAGAUCUCAAUACAUCAAAGGGAAGACGCAGUGAAUUCUUUGGCUUACGAAGCUGAAGCUCGGAUUAAUGAUCCUGUCUACGGCUGCAUUGGAGUUAUAUCUAUCUUACAAAACCAAGUUCGUAGUCUUCGCGAAGAACUUGAUGUUGCCAAUGCCAAUCUUAUACGUCUCGCUUGCAACGGUAUUAGUACCUCGGGUUAUGCUUUGUCAACAUCUUCGUCAGUGGAGUUUAAUAGAAGGAUAGUAAGUAUUGAAGAAGAAGGGUCUACUAGUCAUUUCAUUGAUGGUCGAUCUUCAUGUGGUUCGGAAUUACCAUCUCUCCCUCCUCCAUGGCCAGAAAUAGUCAAAUUUUCAGGAAACAUGAAUGGUGAAAAUUUCUGA